UCGGAAGCCUGCCUCUCUCCAUCGCAGUUGCUGGCUGUGCCGUUCCUUUACGCAGAGAGCAUUACGCAUCACUGGACAACAUUGCACGUUUUCGUCCCAAAGAUCUUUAAGGAAACACGUAUCACCCAUCCGUUCAGCACUGCUUUGGACAUAAAAGGCAUCCCGCGUUUUCCGAGAAGUCUGGACAACUACUACUCUUCCUCCCCCCCUUUUUUAACCCUUGGAUCUAGAGCUCCCUAAAAGCGCGCUCCUGUGCUUUUAAAAUGCAAGUCGGGCGCAAAUCGUGUUGGAGGCAAUUGCAGGCUUCUUUUUUCAGACUCCUGUGUCUUAUACCCACAGGAUUCCCCGUCCGGAGUGUGGAUAUGCAGCGGGCCACCGACAACAUCACCAUCCGCCAGGGCGACACGGCGAUUAUAAGGUGUUAUGUGGAUGACAAAGUGUCCAAGGUGGCCUGGCUCAAUCGAUCCAACAUCAUCUUUGCUGGCCAGGACAAGUGGUCCCUGGACCCCAGAGUAGACCUGGUCACUAAAGGACAGCUGGAGUACAGCCUGCGCAUACAAAAGGUGGAUGUGUAUGACGAGGGUUCGUACACCUGCUCCAUACAGACUAAGCAGCAGCCCAAGACCUCACAGGUCUACUUGAUUGUACAAGUCCCAGCCAACAUCUACAAAGUGUCAGAAGACAUCACAGUGAAUGAGGGCAGUAACGUGACACUCAGUUGUUUGGCCAGUGGCAGGCCGGACCCUGCAAUCAACUGGCGGCUGCUCAACCCCUCAGCAGAGCCAUUGGACGGAGAAGAGUACCUGGACAUUAUAGGUAUCAUGCGAAACCAAGCGGGUCGUUAUGAAUGUAAGGCCAGUAACGACGUCGCCACGCCUGACGUCAAAUAUGUCAAUGUGGUUGUCAGCUACCCUCCAACAAUAAAGAAAACCCAGAGCUCAGAGACUCAGGUGGGCCGUAUAGGGACACUGCAGUGUGACGCCACAGCUGUGCCCACACCAGAGUUUGAAUGGUUCAGAGACGAAAAAAGGCUGUCCAAUGCCCAGGGCAUUAAUAUUCAGAUUCUUGGCACUACCACUAUUCUCAUGAUUGCCAACGUCACCGAAGAGGAUUAUGGAAACUAUACCUGCGUGGCCUCGAACCGACUUGGCGUCCAGAAUGCCAGUCUUUUCCUCUAUAGACCCGGGACAGGUCGAGAUAUCAACGGCUCUGCCUGUGUAUCUCAAUCACUGUGGCUCCUGCUGGCCUGCUUCGCCUGCCUUUUCUUCAAGUGUUAAUACCGCUGCCCUCCGCCUUUUCCCCCUCCUGGCCUUCCUUCCUCCCUCUCCUCUUCCUUCUCUCCAACUCACCGACAUCCUUAUUGCUACCUUAUUACCAACUUUACCGCCACCCCCCCCAGACUGUUUGCAUCAUUAUACAAAAACCGUGAGCACUGCUUACAGAUAUUACAAAAAUGAUGGGUUAUUAGUAAAAUGUUAUAAGAACAAUAACAACAAAAACAAUGAAAUGAAGGACAGAACAAGCAAACAGUGCUCUUUAAAGAAUUGCAUCGUUCUUUUUAAUUUGUAUGCACUUCUUUAUUUCUGCUAUAUCUUGUCUUCGGGGUCUGGAUCGGGUUUAGGGUUUGUUGUAUUUUUGUCUUCAUGGGAAAACAGAGGGGCACCCGCUCACAGGGAUGCCAACAAUCAUUUGUCUCUAGAAGUACUGAAGACAUAAGGUAUAUUUGUUCUUACUCCCAUAGAUUCAUUAUGUUAACUUAAAUUGUAGAUUUAACCGAUUGUUUAACCAGUGCAUUAACGAGCAACAUGCAAAGCAUCUGCCAAAUAUCCAUAUAGAUUUGAAACUAACACAUACACAAAUCAAAGGGAAAAUACUGCAGCUGUCUUCUAUAAUGAGAUUAAAGCUUGAUAUUAAAGUCUUUAUUACCAUAAUCUGAUGCUACUAGAGUGAAACGCAGACAUAGAGCAUUAGCCGGAUAUCUCUCCUAUCAAUGACAUUGUUUCUAUUGUUUUCUAGCAGUCAAUUGAGUUCUUGCUGUCAAACCCAGAAAUUGAGGAUGCAGUGAAUAGAAUCAACUUGAUCCUACUGAGCUAAACCAUGCGAAGUACAAACCUGAGGAAAUUAGUUUAUCUGGUGACGGAUACCUACAUCUUCAUUCAGUGGCUUUGGAACCACAUGCCUUUUUUUUCCAAAAGAAUCCCUCUUUUAUUUUGCAGCAGGAAAAGAAAACACAGUAGGUUAUAAUGAUGCGUACUGUACAUAGUAACAUUUUGUAUUUCUCUAUGAUAAGACAACUUGUUCUGCCACUGUAACAACAGGAAACAGAGAAAUUGUUGCACUUUAUGUUGCUUGUUUGACGACCAACCAACCAACCAUACUGUGCAGUUUGUCCCUGCUCCACAGCAGGCUGCACGCAUUUAGCUGCAUAUACUGUACCACAUACAGCGUUCGCAUUUAGUUUAUGAGCUUUAGGAUCAAUCUUCUAUACUGCUGGAAUUUGGAUAAAAAUGUAUGACACCAAUGAAUGACUUUUUAGUUUUUCUCUUUCAAUAAGUAUGCGUAUUUUAAUAUGAACUGAUACAGACAAAUUCAUAAUAUAUUGAUAUUGAGGUUAU